UCAAUCCUUUAACGUCUCGUUGGACGUGUUUUGAAAGGAGAUGGCUAGUUAGCUGCUGGCAAUUGGGAUAACACUAAUGUGUUAGCGGAGAGGUAGCCAACGUGAUCAUGAAAGGUGAAAAGACCAGGCCGGACUCCCCCCUGUACGGGUGAUGGCAGCACGUCUGCAGUCAUAUGAUAGUAACUCAAGUGACACAGAAAACUGGGAACGAAAAGCAGCAAGGCGACCUUGCAAACUCUGCAGACAUCCGAGUAACAGUCCGACCCAAGCAUCUCGAGUGAAGGCAGAACAGAGGAAGAUGAGUCUGCAUGGUGCCAGUGGGGGCUGCGAUCGCUCACGUGACCGCCGCCGCUCCAGCGAUCGCUCAAGGGACUCCUCUCAUGAGAGAGAAGGCCAGCUCACCCCCUGCAUUCGCAACGUCACCUCACCCACCCGCCAGCACAACAGUGACCGUGAACGAGAUGGUGGUCCAUCAUCGAGGCCCAGUAGUCCACGGCCUCAGAGAGUCUCUCCCAGCGGCUCCAGCAGCAGCGGGGUGGUGAGCAGUCGCAAUAGCAGCCUGUCCAGUAAUGAAGGAACAUUCAAAAGCUUGGGAGCUGGAGAUAUGGUUUUUGUCUAUGAGAAUCCCAAAGAGGGAGGAGCAGGUGCCACCGUUGGGAACCGAAACAUCAGGACCUCAGAAAGGGUCACGCUGAUUGUUGACAACACACGCUUUGUAGUAGACCCUUCUAUCUUCACUGCACAACCUAAUACUAUGUUGGGCAGAAUGUUUGGGUCUGGAAGAGAACAUAACUUCACACGGCCAAACGAGAAAGGGGAGUACGAGGUGGCUGAGGGCAUCAGCUCAACUGUUUUCCGAGCAAUUCUGGAGUACUACAAAUCUGGGAUAAUCCGCUGCCCCGAUGGAAUCUCCAUCCCUGAGUUGCGGGAGGCUUGUGACUAUCUAUGCAUCUCCUUUGACUACAGCACUAUCAAAUGCAGAGACCUCAGUGCCCUGAUGCACGAGCUGUCCAAUGAUGGAGCUCGGCAACAAUUUGAGUUUUACCUUGAGGAAAUGGUUCUGCCUCUGAUGGUGGCCAGCGCUCAGAAUGGCGAGAGAGAAUGUCACAUUGUAGUUCUUACUGAUGAUGAUGUGGUGGACUGGGAUGAAGAAUAUCCUCCACAGAUGGGAGAAGAGUAUUCACAAAUCAUUUACAGCACAAAACUGUACAGAUUUUUCAAGUAUAUUGAGAACCGUGAUGUGGCCAAAUCGGUGUUAAAGGAGAGAGGAUUAAAGAAGAUAAGACUGGGCAUUGAAGGUUACCCUACAUACAAAGAAAAGGUCAAGAAAAGACCAGGUGGUCGUCCAGAGGUAAUUUACAACUACGUCCAGAGGCCCUUCAUCCGCAUGUCCUGGGAAAAGGAAGAGGGAAAAAGCCGCCACGUGGACUUCCAGUGUGUUAAGUCCAAGUCCAUCACUAACCUGGCGGCGGCAGCAGCUGACAUCCCCCAGGACCAGCUGGUGGUGAUGCACCCUGGCCCCCAAGUGGAUGAACUGGACAUCCUCCCUAAUCACCCACCUAGUGGGAAUCACUACAGCAAUGAGCCUGACUCUGAUGCACCUUCACCUGCUGUCUGAGGGCAUGCUUGUCCUCUUUCAAUGCCUCUGCCCCUCUCCUACUCCUCUAGUUCUACUCCCAGCAUGCUGCAGCAUGGAGCACCAGGGGCACCAUAACCAUAUUGCCUUGACACCUCCUUUGCGGCCUUAGAGCCUCAAGAACCUGAAUGACUGUAGGAAAAGAGAUGAGGGAUAUAAGACUGGUGAAAGCAAGGUUCACUAUAAAUUUACAUUUUGUUUUUUACUUGACCAAAGGAAUUUAUUUUUUUGUUCAGAAAUAAUCAGUAAAAACCUUAUUAUUAACGUUAUUAUUUACAAUGUUAUUGUACCUUAAUUUGACUUGUUUUGCUGAGCACGUUGGUGUCACUGUUUUUUCACAGGUUUUAUUUUAUAUUAUUUGGAUUCUUUCAAUUGGCUAAUUAAUAAAUGUGCUUUGUGGGGAACGAACGGAAGACUUGCUAUAUGACUUUCUGGUCAUGGAGAAAUUCAGUUAUCACCUCUUAGUGUCAUCCAGUUGAUUUCCCAUCAGAUGUCUUUGAAUCAUGUAUUGGGGUAUGUAGUCAUUGACUGGAUCUGAUGAUGAUGUUAUUGCUCCUCUUGCAGCCAAGAUAUUAAGCAGAGCACAGGCUGUUGUGGUCAGUCUUUUUGUGCAAAGCUUGAAAUUGUUGUUUAAAACAAAGUCAUCAAAUAAAGACUUAAACAUUG